AUGAUAAACAUAAAUAAGUAACUUAAUGAGUGGCUUUCUAUUUAAUAAAACUAGAAAAAUGAUAUUGGCCACAAUAUAAAUUUCAUAAAAAUUAAUAAAUAUAAGAAAUAAGAUGUUGAAGAUAUUUUCAAUUUUAACAUCAGAAUUUUAGAAAUCAAAACAUUCAAUAAAUGCUUAGAAUCUUGCCAAAUAAGUUUUAUUUAUGAUAUUUAAUCUGAUUUAUUGAAAAUAUGA